GCUUGACCCCCCAAUACCUAUCCAGAGGAAGCUCCUUGAGGUAAAAUCUGUGACUUCACACUAGCUUACACAUUCACAGAAAGGAAUAUACGCCACUGAAAAUGGACUCCAUUAGAAGCUCACAAAUAACUGAAGGCAUACAACACAUAUCAGAGUCGGCGUUUGUGGGACUGUGUCGUAAAGUGGGGACCUCACAACUGGUGGCCAUGAGGAGAGAUGUGGUGGACAUCUGGGAGAUGGUGAAAAAUCAAGUGACAACAAGUGAUGAGGACAGUACGAUGGUGAGUGGAAGUUAUGGAGAAGGAUUAAGACUGGAAGGAUCAGAUGUAGACUUUAUGUACUGGCCAAAUAAUGUCCGUGUGAUCUGGGAAUUAUCUCAGUCUCAGUAUAACAACACACACAGACUAACACUAAUCCUCUGUGACUGUUCUGAUAGUCCACCAGGAUUUACUUUGUUAUAUUUACUGUCACCAAGAACGAACAGAUUCAUCCAUAGAGUGUGUGUUAGAAUGAAUAACAGAUAUUAUAUAUCUAGUUCUAAAUACAGACAGAUCACUUUAUCUGAGUCAUUGUCACCUCAUAACCUUACUCCACAUGGACCCUGUGUCAGUGGAACAUUUAUAACAGUGGAAUAUGAUCAUGCCCACUGUUUUGUUAGUGACUUUUGGCCUCCCUCUGCCUCCUCAUGGAUAGACAGAUGUCACUCAUGGCCCCAGCUUCAUGUUGUUGAUGAUAUAGUAAAAAAUGGAUGCCACUUUGUAGCAAUUGGACAUAAGCUAGGAAAUUAUGAAGAUCAUGAAUGGAGAAUUUCUUUCUCCCAAGCAGAACAAAAACUUGUCUCUGUAAUGAAUCACUGUCAGUUCUUAACUUACGGCUUUCUUAAAUUGUUCUUAUCAGAAAUAAUUAACAAUGGAGUAGGUGAUGAUGAUAAAUUACUGUGUUCCUAUCACAUGAAGACGGCAGUUUUCUGGGUGAUUCAACAAAAUACAAUACCUCAUUGGUGUCCACAAAAUCUCCUGGAGGGUUUCUGGGUCUGUUUUAAACUCAUCCUCAAAUGGGUGUAUGAGGGGGUCUGUCCUAACUUUUUCAUUCCAGGCAACAACAUGUUUCUGAGUAAAAUUCAUGGCAUCAAACAACAUCAAUUAUAUAGAAGACUGUCAGAGUUGUAUGAAAAGGGUUUAGCAUUCCUGCUACAUAGUCCCUCCAUUAGAUCUUGUAUUAUAGAUGUCCUCUAUAACCCCAGAAACUCCAUCUGUACAGAUGAUCAUACUCUGAUUUCUGAGGAUGGGGUUGAUAGAAAUCUAUUUGUUGAAAUAACAUAUCCUUGCGUAAUACCAGGCAAAUUUAACAUACAAAGCUGCAUUAGGUAUUUACAAACAAUAGAACAGAUGAAAAGUUCACCCCUCCUGACACAGUAUCAAGUCAUUAUGCUACAGAACAUGACUGCUAGGAUCCUUCAGUACACUGCUUUUAUAUUACACAUGGAAACUUACACACCUGACAACAAACUGAGUUAUAGAGCUGACAAAAUCUCCUGUCACAUGCUGAAAUUAACAGCCCAGUUUGGUUUUAUUACUGACAUGAUGUUCUUAGCCAUGUAUUAUUACAAGACACUUAGAUACACGGAAGCUUUAUCUAUUAUACAGAUGAUCAAGGUCAAGCUAUUACAGCCAUAUGUGAUGUAUACGGGUAGUGUAGAUAGAGAGAUGUAUACUGAGGCUGUAGGGGGACAGUCCUGGUCUACAAAGAUGAGACAGGCUGUAGCAUGGGAUAUCACACUUGACAGUAGAUUCCAUUACAUCAGUGAACUGAUACCAGAACAACAGUCUGCUCUACAGAACCACUGGUCUUUAUUAUUUGUACCACCCUUUAUCCUGUUAUACAUGCUUGAGAUUUUAUGCUACAGACAUGUAGACACAAUGCGAGCACAAACAGCUCUAGAUGAUCUACAGACCCUAGUUCACUAUGAUCAGGGACAGUAUAUACCUUUACGUCAAAGACACAGCUCGUAUAUACGGCUUAUAGAAUUAAAAUACAGAGACAUAUCGUGGCAGAUUCUUGGGAUCUGUCAACAGGUGACAGGGAACCUCCAGGCUGCUCUAUACUCAUACCAACAAUCUCUCAGACAAGAACCAUUCAACCACAUACAAACAGCUACAGAAAUGAGAAUACAGAGAGUUUGUCAAUGGAUUCCCUUAAUUAAUUAAAUGUCAGAUGAUAUUUGAAGGAGUUCACCUGAUAGAGAUUAUCAUUUACAUAUCCUCUUCUGAUUUCAUAUUUUCUUUUCUGUCUGUUUUAUUACAUGUAUUACAAAGCUAAUAACUAGUCUAUUAAAAUACAAGAGGCCCAUGGGCCACAUCGCUCACCUGAGCACCAAGGGUAGGACUAGUAUAAAAUGGCUUUUUAUUGUAAAGUUUAAAUCCAAAAGUAGUCCCAUGACCAAUCAUGGAUUUGCUAUUUUUUAGAAAAUGAUUGAGAAGAAGAUUUUUAAAGAAUUUUCCUAUAUAUUUCUAUGUAAAACUUUGGUCGGCCAUUUUGGGCCCCCCCUACCCCCGGGGGUCAUGAUUUGAACAAAAUUGAAUCUACACUACCUGAACUUGCUUCCAUAUAAAUAUGAUGAAUAAUGGCUUUGUCAUUCUUGAGAAGAAGAUUUUUAAAGAAUUUUCCUAUAUAUAUCUCUAUGUAAAAGCUUGGUCGGUCAUUUUGGCCCCGCCCUACCCCCGGGGGUCAUGAUUUGAACAAACUUGAAUCUAAACUACCUGAGCAUGCUUCCAUAUAAAUAUGAUGAAUUAUGGCUAUGUCAUUCUUGAGAAGAAGAUUUUUAAGGAAUUUUCCUAUAUAUUUCUAUGUAAAACAUUGGUCGGCCAUUUUGGCCCCGCCCUACCCCCGGGGUCAUGAUUUGAACAAACUUG